GGGCUUUGUAAAACAAACUCAUGGACGCCGACGACCUGAAACGGCUGUGCCCUCUCUGCCUCUUGUUCUGCCCGCACCCUUCCUCCGAAAGGCGAAGCUCAACGAUCUACUCUGAUCUGCCGUCUCCCACUCCCGAUGAGAAAGUUCCCACCCUUCCUCGUCUUGUCCAUCGUUCUCUGCUUUCAUAAUUUUAGGUCCACCAGCUUCAUGGCUUUAAAAAGGGAAAGAACUUUGGCUAUGAUAAAACCAGAUGGAAUCUACGGGAACUUCACAGACAGGAUAAAACAGGUAAUUUUGGAAAAUGGAUUCUUCAUUGUCCAAGAGUUGAUGGUCCAACUUGUUGUGGAGAAUGCAACACUUUUCUACUCCGAACAUUCAGCAAAGAGCUUCUUCCCAAAUCUUGUUGAGUAUAUGACAAGUGGUCCAGUGCUUGCUAUGGUUAUUGAGAAGACUAAUGGUAUCUCAGAAUGGCGUGCUCUGAUUGGUCCAACAGAUGCAGGCAAAGCUAGAGUUUCCCACCCACACAGCAUUAGGGCUAUGUGCGGAUCAAGUGCUCAGAGAAAUUGUGUUCAUGGUUCAGAUUCGGCUUUAGCUGCUGCAAGAGAAAUUUUAUUUUUCUUCGGAGAUAUCUCAGCUGGUUUGUUCUACUUAAAACUGGCCAACUGUGCAUAUGUUUCAAUUUCCUUACAGAAAUGUGCUGUUGCUGUUGAGCUUCAUGUUGGUCUAGGGAUGGAUUGGCGGGGGCACCGGAGACAAACGAAUCGUCUUUUGUCACAUAUGACUGUUGAGCAUGAUGAACUCUGAAUUUUUAAAAAUGUAUUAGUUUCUUAAAUUUCUUAGAUACUAAGUAAUUGAUAAAGCACAAGAUACUUAUUUUAAGUUAUAUUGGACUUUUUUGUGUUUAUACAUUUUUAGGAUAUUCUAUAUAUUCAUCAUGUUUAAUAUAAUCAUUUAAAAUUUAAA